AUGGAGACAGAUCCACUGUUGUCGAGUCAUUUGCGAGCCAGCGAUGAAGGGGACUCUGUAGAAGAUCGUAUAGAAUUAAUGCGCGACUUCAACGCACGACUAGUAAUCUCUCUCUUCAUCGACUCUGUGCCAGUAAUUCUGUCAUAUAUCCUGCAGAAUUCGAUUCAGACAGUCGCUGUUCUCGUAGCCGGAAGACUAGGACCCAAUGAAUUAUCCGCUGCAGCGUUUUCCUAUAUGCUCGCCUUUGUCACAGGCGAGUGUUGGUGCAUCGCCCUGGGCGGGACGACGGCACUGGACACUUUUGGAUCGCAGGCAUUUACUGGCGGGAAACGAGCUUCCGAUGUCUCCAUUCAUUUCGAACGAUGCCUGAUUGUACUUUGGCUGCUUUUCAUUCCCGUUGGCGUGCUGUGGAUAUUCGUUAAGCCUGCUCUUCUGGCUCUCGGGCAAGAGGAACGUCUGAGUAGCGACGUGCAAAGCGUGCUUCGGGUGUUAAUCAUCGGCGCGCCGGGAUACAUCGCAUUCGAGAGUCUGAAGAAGUAUCUUCAGUGCCAAGGUAGCCGCCAUAUUCGUAUUAAAGCCGGCUCGCUCACCAAGUACACAGGAAUUAUGCGCUUGUCGACGUUUGCGUUGAUCAUUGUAUCGCCGAUAAAUGUUGCACUCAAUCUAGUUCUUGUUCAUCAUACGUCUUUUCGCCUGCUCGGGUCACCUCUCGCGCUCUCUUUAACUUACUGGCUUGCCUUCAUCAUCCUUAUUGUCCUUACCGCCCUUUCGCCGCAACACAAGCGGAACAAGACAUGGGGAGGCCUCCAUCUGAGAGAAGCGCUUGAUAUCUCCGAAAUCUGGAGGUUUCUGAAGCUCGCCCUUCCUGGAAUUUUGAUGGUUGGAACGGAAUGGGCUGCUUUUGAGAUUGUUGCUCUUGCGGCGGGGAGACUUGGAGCCUUGUCACUUGCUGCACAAUCAGUAAUUAUGACAACAGAUCAAAUUUUGAACACGCUGCCGUUUGGAAUCGGUGUUGCCGCUUCAGCUCGUGUCGGUAACCUCAUAGGCGCACGUUCAGCGUAUGGCGCAAAGCAUGCCGGGCAUGCAUCCGCACUGUUGAGCGCAAUCGUUGGAGCAAUCGUAAUGGCCACAAUGUUGGCUGCAAGAAACGUCUAUGGGUAUAUUUUCAGCGAUGACGAGGAAGUUGUACGGUUAGUAAGCAAGGUGAUGCCGCUAGUCGCAUCGUUCCAGGUGGCAGACGGCUUGGCAGGAUCAUGUGGUGGUGUCUUACGAGGGCUUGGUCGACAGCACAUUGGUGCACUAUUCAACCUUGGAGCAUACUAUGUUCUCGCACUGCCCAUGGGCAUUGGACUUGCAUUCAGUCCACGCACACACAUGGGUUUGCAAGGACUUUGGGUCGGUCAAGUCGUUGCGCUCUUCAUAGUCGGGAUUGGAUUGUACCUCGUUGUUUGGCGCGGGACAGACUGGGAUGUAGAGGUCCAGAACGGAAUAGAACGGAACCGCGCGGAUGAUGCCGCAAAAAGGAGAUACGAGGCUCGAGUUUCAGCAGGGGAGAGCGAAGUCAAUGCUGGAGAAUGUUAGUUUCGAGGAUCAAGCGGGCAGUCGGUAUUUGUUACGCAAUAACAUUGAGAAACG